UAUUUUUUUUUUUUUUGAUAACAGCUCGGGGAACUGGCAGAUAGUCCUACCGCGAGCAAGAUAUGGGGAACACGGUAACGAGGGAUGACUUCGAGUGGGUCUAUACGGAGCAACCGCACUGUAGUCGGAGGAAGCAGAUACUAGGUAAGCAGCCCAUUCUCUUACGUCCGUAUCAAUAGCCUAAUACUCAAAAAUACAUUGGCCAAAGGAAGGUUAUUUUGUUGUCUUGUUGAAUGCGAUAAAUCCUUGCUUACUCCUGUAAAAUCCGACAGGCUUAGCCAUACUGUCUAAACACUAGGCUAUAUACAUUUCACAAUAUGGAUAAGCCUUUACAUAAGGAGUCUCUAAUAUGUAAACUUUUUAUUAAUCACCUUUUUUUUUUUUUUUUUACCAUUGGUGAUACAUGUUUUCAUUGAUUUACUCAUUAAUUCAAUGAAGCCUAAUCAUGUUGUACCACCAGAAAGACGCCAUUCCCAUGCAAUGGUGAUGUAGAGCGAUCACCGUCAUUCAUAUCCUACAUCAAUGACCACUUGAGUGAUAAUCUAUAGUUUACCAGGUAUUUUGAUUUCUUGCCACAUGACAUACUACUGGUGUAUUCCUCCUGAUAUCUGUAGCCUAGUAAAUAUUGUCUUAGAAGCAGAGGAUACAGCCAAGACCGAAACAGGUGCAACCACCUGUUUGACAAGUAAGACAAGUUUUCCCUGCCAAGUAGUGGGCAACUCUGGGUCAAGACGAGGAAAUGCAGAAACUACUUUUGAAUGGGAGGUUCUUGAUUUGUAGGAUUUUGGCCAUCUGGUUCUGAGGCACUACACAGACAAAUAUUCAUCCUAUUAGUUAGCUUUAAGUUUAUUUCCUAAAAUGCAGUCCUGUAAUUCUGAUGUGUGUUUAGCCCAUUGUACAGAUGUAAAUCAUCGUAUGGUUCUGUUGGCCAGUGUGUCUCUGAGAUUACUCUGAUUUUAAACGUACAACAUUUUAUCAUCCAAUCAAAUUAUUUAUAAAGCCCUUUUUACAUCAGCAGAUGUCACAAAGUGCUUAUACAGAAACCCAGCCUAAAACCCCAAACAGCAAGCAAUGCAGAUGUAGAAGCACAGUGGCUAGGGAAAAACUCCCUAGAAAGGCAGAAACCUUGAGAGGAACCGGGCUCUGAGGGGUUGCCAGUCCUCUUCCGGCUGUGCCGGGUGGAGAUUAUAAGAGUACAUGGCCAUUAAGGCCAGAUUGUUCUUCAAGAUGUUCAAACGUUCAUAGAUGACCAGCAGGGUCAAAUAAUAAUCACAGUGGUUGUAGCGAGUGCAACAAGUCAGCACCUCAGGAGUAAAUGUCAGUUUGCUUUUCAUAGCCGAGCAUUCAGAGGUCGAGACAGCAGGUGCUGUAGGGAGAGUCUAAAACAGCACGUCCGGUGAACAGGUCAGGGUUCCAUUGCCGCAGGCAGAACAGUUGAAACUGGAGCAGCAGCACGACCAGGUGGACUGGGGACAGCCAGGAGUCAUCAGGCCGGGUAGACCUGAAGUAUUGUCCUAGGGCUCAGGUCCUCCGGGAGGAGAGGGGGAGAGAGAGAAUAUUAGAGGGAGCAUACUUAAAUUCACACAGGACACCAUAUAAGACAGGAGAAUUACACCAGAUAUAACAGACCCUCGGCACAUAGACUAUUGCAGCAUAGAUACUGGAGUCUGAGACGGGGGACGCAGGAUAUAACCCUACACACUUUGCCAAAGCCCAGCCCCUACACCAUUAGAGGCAUAUCAACAGACCUCCAACUUACUACCCUGAGACAAGGCUGAGUAUAGCCCACGAAGAUCUCCUCCACCGCACGAGCCUGAGGGGGUGCAAGACCAGACAGGAAGAUAAAGGGCUGUUCAAUGUCGGUCCUGGAGGGCCAAAGCACUUCUGGUUUUCAUUCUGUCCUUAUAAUAAGGGACUGAUUUCUGGUCCUAGCCACCAGGUGAGUGCAAUUAACUAACUGGUAGAACCAAACCAGAAGUGUUUCGGCCCUCCAGGACAGGAAUUGAACAGCCCUGUUUAGAUGUCAUUACACUAUAAAUAAGGAAUCAAUGAGUAUUUCUAUCUGCCAAGUCAUCUACUCAAAUCAGCUGCAUUAUAAUGUUAAGUCUGUCACGACCAGUGUAAAAGUUAUACUGUACCUCAAUUUGUCUCCAUUCUUUUCUUUUUUACACCCCCUCCUCCUUUCCUCCCUCUCCACAGCCAAGCACCCGGAGAUCAAGUCCUUGAUGGGCCCUGACCCCCAGCUCAAGUGGGUGGUGACAGCCAUGGUCCUGACCCAGGUGCUCUGCUGCUUCCUGGUUCGUGACCUCAGCUGGAAGUGGCUCAUCUUCUGGGCCUACAUGUUCGGCGGCUGCAUCAACCAUUCCCUCACGCUCGCCAUCCACGACAUCUCGCACAAUGUGGCCUUCGGCAAUAAGGACGCUAUGCUCAACCGCCUCUUUGGCAUCUUCGCCAACCUACCAAUUGGCGUGCCCUACUCCAUCAGCUUCAAGAAGUACCACGUGGACCACCACCGCUACCUGGGCGGCCACGGGCUUGACGUGGAUGUCCCGACCCGCCUGGAGGCUCGUCUCUUCAGCUCCCCCGCCCGCAAGAUCCUGUGGCUCUUCCUGCAGCCGCUAUUCUACGCGCUGCGCCCCCUGGUGGUCAACCCCAAGCCCGUAGGCAGGCUUGAGCUGUUGAAUUUAAUGGUGCAGCUAGCCUUCGAUGCUUUCAUAGUGUACCUCUGGGGGCUUAGGCCUCUGGUCUACUUGAUAGCGGGCUCGCUGUUGUGUAUGGGACUGCACCCGAUCUCGGGGCACUUUAUCGCCGAACACUACAUGUACCUGAGCGGGAUCGAGACGUACUCCUACUACGGGCCGCUCAACUAUAUCACCUUUAACGUGGGCUACCACAUGGAGCACCACGACUUUCCCAGCAUCCCCGGCAGCCGCCUCCCUCAGGUAACUCACCUUUCAUGUAGGAUAAACUGACUGAUUGUGUAGGAUGUAGGUGAUUUGUAAGGAAUGAACUAGACUUACUUUGAGUGUUUGCUUGAGUCUGCCCAGAGUGCCAGAUGGGCAGGGUUUGUAGUUUCUGAACUAUUAUAUUUGUUUAUUAAGCCAGACAACCUCAAAGGGGCACAGAUAAAGUAUUUGAAAUUAUUUCAAAGUAACCCAGGUCUGGAUGUGAAUUAUGAUGUGGGUGAUAUAGGAUGUGAACUCAUGUAGGAUAUCAAUGGCGAAAUUUAGCCACAGUUUUCUGUUGGCUAAAGUGCACGCAAUAUCAUCCCGUUUAGGACAAACCCCUGGCCCCAAUGAUAGCUGACUCAUAUCAGUGACAUGGCAUGCAAAUCUAAACCUUGCUGGCAUUCCACUGACAAUUGUGAAAGAUUCAAGGCCGUAUUCAUAGCGUCUCAGACUCUGAGUAAGAGUGAUUUGGCCCCCACCUGUCCAUAUAAUCUUAUUUAUUAUGAUCUAAAAAGCUAAACUAUUCCCAGAUCAGCACUCCUACUCAGAUGCUUUAUGAAUACGGACCCAGAAGCUGCACAUAGCUGCUUUCUCUGUGUGGAAAAGGGCCAUGCUGACAGACUGACAUCAAAGGGACAAUGGAUACCGAAAAAGUGACUAAUAAUAAUAUGCCAUUUAGCAGACGCUUUUAUCCAAAGCGACUUACAGUCACGCGUGCAUACAUUUUUGUGUAUGGGUGGUCCCAGGGAUCGAACCCACUACCUUGGCGUUACAAGCGCCGUGCUCUACCAGCUGAGCUACAGAGGACCACAGAGGUGUGGUAAAACAGAACACAUAAACGGCAAGAUAGCUUCAUCUUGACUGCUGUUAUGGGUGGAAGCACAACGCUGCGCAAUUAGCUAGCUUUAUUACUGUGUGUGUGUCACUAACACUAUGAAUAGGAGCCAAGGUCUGGAUCAUUAGUGUACAGCAGUCACUAGGGAGGAAUGGUGACACCCAAAACAACAGUUAAUAAGAACCUCUGUCUUAUCUCUAUAGAGAUUGUAGAAGUGGAAAAGUUGUUAGCUUACAGUUUCACUGGGGUAUAAGGAGCAAUAAAGGGUUGUGAUGAAUGCCUUUUCAAUAAAACCAUCUCACCCAGCAUAGCUGCAGGAAGUAGUGGUGCUGAGACUGCUGCAGCACCCCCUGAUAAAUAGAAAAAUGUAGUAAGAAUAUUUUUGGGGAAAACAUUAUUUUAAUUAUUUGUGUACUGGGCCUUUUAUUACUUCUGAAUGAGCGGACAAAAAUAGAAUCUCUCCAAAUUACAUAUUUGUGUCCUUACCUUGAAAGCAGUCUAUGGACAAGGAGAGACUGCAAUCCACGCUUAAGGCUUGUUUACCUAGCCACUGCCAGCAGCUGCGCUAAUAACAGUAAAAUACAAGUCAUUGAGCUUCACAAUCUCUUUCACAGUACUUAGACUUUUUUGGUUAGAAAAUGCUACGGAAACAAAUAGGUAAUUUUGUACUUUGGGUGAACUAUCUCUUCAAGCAAAAUAAAAUGUUAUAAAACCAUAGCAGUUAUGGAACAAAUCCAAUCCCAUGAUGCCUCACUACGAGCCUCUAGAUACGAGUUUCAGUCAUAAACUGUAGAGGAAUGCUGCAGGCCCACCCCUGUCAGUUUCGCAGCCUGGCCUACACCUUUCUUUGUUUGUUUCCAUAGUGGUGUUCCUGUUCUGUUGAUACGGUAACUAAAGCCUUGUUCACACUGCAUGCCUUAAUGCUCAUCAGUUUAGUUUUACUGUUUUGGAAUAUUGACUGUCCACAGCAAGUUACAAGUGACCAAAUCGGAUUUGUGUGUUCAGACAGCAGUCAAUUUCUGACAUGGCUACGCUAGUUGUCAUGGUAAUGAUGGGUGUGUGCACAGUGGUAUUGGUGGUGCUCGUGCUUCCUAUCACCCAGAAGUUAUGUAGCCAGCUAAAGUUACAACAAUGCCUUCCAUUGACAGUUCCCAGUUGCUUUGAAUGUUCAAAAUCAUAUUGUAAGAACACUUUUAAAGCCUCAAAGGAUAAGAUGAUCCAACUUUCAAAACAAGUCCUUAUUGGCUAGCCAAGGCAGUCAGCUAGCUAGGUAGCUCUUUAGCUUUCUAGCACAUUCACUAAUUUGUUUGUAAACAAUUAACAAGCUAAUUGGCUACCACAUGUUCUUGUCAUACUGUCAAGAGUAGCUAGCAAGCAACAAGAUAUGCCAAAUAAGUCUAAACUACUUGAGGGCAAAUAAAUCAGAUUUGACUGUUCAGACAAGUCACAUGGCCAGGAAUCUGAUUUGUAUCUGACUUCAAACCACCUAGGAAAUGUAUCAGAUUCCAUGUGCUUUUUGGCUGUUCAGACUUCUGAAAAAGAACAGAUUCGAAUCGGAUAGGCAAAUUAUUAUAAUUUUUUGGUCACUUCAAACUGCUAAUGUGAACACUGCUUAAUACCUUGUAGGCCUAUCCCUGACGAAGGCCAUGCAGCCGAAACGCGUCAGUUUUUCAACUUUGUUUCCAUUGAACAUGCCAUAAAAAUAAAGGCAUUUGAAUUAAUUAUAUGAAGAGUGCCUUGGUCCUCCUUUCUUUUUGAUGACCAAUUUACCCCUUUUACUAAAGAGCACCUUAUGUCUAUGAAUCUACUAUUGUGUAACUUAGCGCUUCACUUUUUUUUCUCUACCUUGUAGGCCUACUUGUCAGACGGUCCUGUUUAUAACAGUUAGAAAAGACAAAGGCAGACAUAGAAACACUAGAAUGAUAGGGUGACUCAGUGACUUAAGCCUCUUAUGAAAGAGUGGAGGAGGAGAUUUCAACUGGUUGGUCUAGUUCUAUCCUGACUUGAUGACGUAGUAGUUUGACAGCUUAUACCAUAUUUUAGGAUUGUUCACGUUGAAGUUCAAAACGUUAUCAUUCUUGUUAGGAGUGGACAUUUUGUUUUCUGGUUACAGGCAUGUGGCUCAUGCAUAUGAAACAGACAAAACAUAAACAGUAAUGUGUUUGGAUAUGUACUUGUUUGAACAAUGUACUCCUGUUUUAUGUUUUACCCCAUUUAUUAAUUUAGUUACUAUGGAUACAGGGAUAUCUCACAUGUUUGACAAGUUUUAUGUUUUAGACCCUCACUUUUCCUCAAACUAUUGGCAUCUUGAAAUGCCUUUGUCUCUCCCACUGGUCAAGCAACUAAUCGAAGUUAAUUUGUAUACUAGUUCUUUGUACAGAUAGCCUUACAAAAUAUGUAUCCCAUCCUCUGAGUGAGCUUUGUUUAGUCCCUUCUACCUGGGGUCAUGAACUAAAGCUAUACUGAACAAAAAUAUAAACGCAACAAUUUCAAAGAUUUUACUGAGUUACAGUUCAUAGAAGGAAAUCAGUCAAUUGAAAUGUGUUCAUUAGGCCCUAAUCUAUGGAUUUCACAUGACUGGGCAGGGGAGCAGCCAUGGGUGGGUCUGGGAGGGCAUAGACCCACCCACUGGGGAGCCAGGCUAAUCAGAAUGAGUUUUUGUUCAGUAGAAAAACUUAGCCAUAGAUCAGGGUCAGUAUUCAUAAAGUGUAAGAGUGCUGAUCUAGAAUCAGGUCGUUGUCCCCCCCCGUCCAUGUAAUCGUAUUUAUUAUCAUCUAAAAGGCCAAACUGAUCAGAACUCUUACUGAGAUGCUUUGUGUAUACUGUGUCUUUACCCUACUAAUGGAUCCAUUGACUAUCAUCCUCCAUGUGAGUUCUCACUGCUGUGCUAUUUACUCACCCCUUCACAUUAGAACAAAAAUUAACUUUCUCUCGCUCCCUCAUUCCUCUUUUGUUCAGGUGAAGAAGAUGGCUCCAGAGUUCUAUGAUGAUUUACCCCAGCAUGACUCAUGGAUACGGGUGCUCUGGGACUUUGUGUUUUGUGAUUCGCUGGGACCUUACUCCAGAAUUAAACGCACCUUUCCAUUGGCUAAGCAAGACUAAGAGCCCAUGCUCUUGAUCUUCUGACCAAUGAUCUUCCACAAGCGCGGCUUGACAACCCAGCUGGGGG